AUGUCCGUGGAAGCUUACGAGGUUCUUGCACAAUAUCUGAAAUACCCACCUUCCAGAUUUUAUGAUCCUGACAUGGCUUUAAUGAACGAUGUUUGGUUGCCAUACACGGAAUCCGGGCGGAUCAUCGUUGACAGAAAGACCUUCCAACAGGAUCAUUACCGAAGCGUGGCUAUGGUCAACAACGUUCCGAACCUGAACCCAUCAACAUGCCCGCCAUAUCUAGUCGGAUUUUCCUUGAGUAGAAAGGGCUGGUGCCGCUUCUUUGUCGAUCUUAUCGAGGAAGUCAAAUGGAAUGAUACCGUUUGGAAUUCUUUGAUCUUGCCAGAAGACCAGAAGCUGGUAAUAAGAGCGCUUGUCAGCUCUCAUCACUUUCCAGAAAACUCGCGCAAUCAACCCGAUCAAGAAGGCAAAGGACUUGUGAUUCUCCUUCACGGCUCGCCGGGCUCUGGAAAGACUCUGACUGCCGAAGUAGCGGCAGAGGGUAGACGAACAGCAUUAAUUUCAGCUACAAUGGGAGACCUGAAUAGUGAAAAUAAUCCAUAUGCGUUCGAGGCGGAGGUUCGGCGGGUAAUGCGCUAUGCUACUCAGUGGCAUGCUGUGCUUCUUCUUGAUGAGGCUGACAUCUUUCUUGAGGCUCGCGAAGAAAAGGCGGGAAACGUAGAACGCAAUGCUCUUGUAGCAGUUUUUCUCAAACACCUGGAGUACUUUUCUGGCCUUGUAUUUCUUACUACCAACCGAUUGGCCUCGUUUGACAUGGCAAUGAACUCGCGGAUUCAUCUAGCUUUAGGCUACUCCCCGCCUGACAUCAAAACCCGCGAAAAGCUCUGGAUACGAUGCAUUCAGAAGCUUCCAGAAGAGGAGACUAAUUUUGGCGAGUUGAAUGAUGCCAUCACCAACGUCCUGGAGCACAAACUCAAUGGGCGGGAGAUAUCCAACGCCAUUAACACGGCAAGAACAAUCGCGAGAUUCGAAGGCCACAAACUUGAGAUGGGACAUAUCGAGCAGGUGUUGAAGAUCAAGCUUGACUUUCAGAAGGUCUUGCACAGUGAAAACAGAAAGGUUACACUUUCACAAGGCAGCAGGGCAUUAGUCAGAACCGGAUCAAUUGUCGACGAGCCAGAAACUUACAUCUCGUAA